GGCAUCAGUCGCUCUCUCACCGUGUACGCGCGCAGUCGAGUUUUGCAGUUUGUCGCCGAAGUGUACAUACUAGAGAUGUAUCUCGAAGAAUUUCUAGGUCGCAGGUACAAACUAGUGAAGAGUGAAAACUUCAAUGAGUACAUGAAAGCGAUCGGCAUUUGCUGCCUGAUGCGGAUGGUGGCUAACAACGUGCGUCCGGCCAUGAUCCUGACGAGGGCCGGCCACUGGUUCACGAUAUCGUCGCUGACGGGAGUCUUCACGACGACCACCAGGUUCCGGCUGAAUGACGAGAGGUACGCGUCCACGCACGACGGCCGCAGAGUCGCCCGCAUCUUCACGCUGGAGGGCAGCACACUCACCUGCGUCGAGAGGGGCCACAAACUCGUCACGACAGUGUUCGACUUCACAGCGGAAGAGCUCAAGAUGACUAUAAUGGUGGACGACGUUGUUUGCACGAGGAUAUUUGAAGCGAUACGUGGCAUGGAAUUGGAGGGCUUCACGUCUGCUCCUCACCAAGUUCCGCAUAUCGGGAAGAAGUGAAUGGUGGCGCAGUUUCGAAGAGUUUGCUUAAGCAAGAAACUGCUUCUGGUAUUCAUUACUCUUAUUAACUUCGUAUUUAAAAAUGAUUUGUCGCAGCUUGUACGUAAAAGUGUGUGUUGAUAACUGUCUGUUCACCAUGAACCAAAGUCUCACACAAAUUUUCAUCUCAGGGUAAUUUUAAUUUUUAUAUCUUAUGUAAUAACUGUUUGUUUUGUAAUCUAUUUUGUUCCAAAUCUGCAGUGCAAU